UGCCGAUUGAAUUUGCCACCAUUGAUACUCUGCCGAUUUGGUGCUGAUUUUUCUUCAGAAAAGGUUGCUCAACUUUCCAUCGGGCGGAUCUACAGUUUUGGAAGAGAUCCACUUCCAGACUGAAACAUGUACAGAGCCCUCCAUACAAGAGCCUGAAACGUAGUUCCCCACUUCUCUUGUUACAGUACGAGGAAGGACAUGGUGGUGAAGAAGAGAGCGGCAGUGAUUGCGGCCCUGUCCAUGCUCCUACUUCUCAUGCUGUCCAGGCCAUCCCAUCAACAGUUCUCCAAUUACUCCUGCAACUGCUACCGAGAGUGCUACUUAGGGUGCAAGCACGCCUUCCCGAUGCUCUGCAAGGUCGUGUGUGGCGGCAGCUGUGAUGACAAGAAUGACCCUGUAGCCGCCUGCAUGGUCGCCUGCACCAAGGACUCCCUAUGCGGCGUGCCGGCGGCGCCAUCCGGCGCCGCAUAUUGUAGCCAUGCGUGCAACGAUACGUGGGGUCGCCAUGGACGGGCCAAGGUUCCUUGAAGAUUGAAGAUCCGGCCGAUCAUGGGAUCAUAUGAUGUCGAACUGCUGCACCAAUGCAAUAAAAUGUAUUUGGCUUCGGUGUACAACUUGUGAUUGUGAGGAAGUUUGUGAAUCUUAUAAUAAAGCCAGUUAUCGAUGGCGCAUUUGGC